UCAUCCAUAUAUCCAGCCAUCUUCAUCACAAGCUUUGAGUUGUCUCCUAUUUCUUUCCCUCGGACGCAUAAACAUAUCCUACAACACAAAAUGAGCAGCGGCGCCAACGCAACUACAAUCGAUGUCCCAGAGACAAGGGCUGAAGCCAAAGGGAAAGCCCCUCUCAUUGCAGCUCCCAUUGUUGCAACCACUAAAGCUACCCCACACCCGAAUGCAGGAUGGAAGAAGGGGCUUGCUAUAUUCGAUUUCCUCCUAAGGCUAGCUGCUAUAGCAGCUACACUGGCCGCUGCUACCACCAUGGGAACUACUGAUGAAACUCUUCCCUUCUUUACCCAGUUCUUCCAGUUCCAAGCUAGUUUUGACGACCUGCCUGCGUUUAUGUUUUUCGUAGUUGCGACUGCUAUAGCCAGUGGCUACCUCGCCCUCUCUCUACCCUUUUCAUUAGUGAGCAUCUUUCGCCCACAUGCGCAGGGAAUAAGGCUGCUUCUGAUCAUCUCUGACACUGUGAUGCUUGCUUUGACCACGGCUGGGGCAGCCUCAGCGACUGCCAUAGUUUACUUGGCACACAACGGCGACUCAAGCGCAAACUGGAUAGCAAUCUGUCAGCAAUUUACUGAUUUCUGCCAGAGUGUGAGCGGGGCUGUGGUGGCAUCAUUCAUAGCUGUGGUUAUCUUCAUGUUGUUGGUUAUGAUGUCUGCCUUGGCUCUCAGAAAGCACUGAUCAGAGGAUGAAGCCAACCGUUCAUAUUGAAUGUUCUCCUCGUGGUUUCUUUUUUUUAUUUCAACUCUGUUGUGUGAUCGUUAAAGGAAAAAAAUUAUGUAUAAUUGAUUUGUCUGUACAA